GCGGGGCGAGGCCUGGGCCGGAAGCGGCGGGCGAAAACGGGAAGGGGCUUUUGCCGUGGUUCGGGCCGAAGGAAAGACAAUUUGGGCGCCGAGGCGGAAAGCUGCGGUAACUCAAGAAGAAAGUCCCAAUGGCAGAACUAUCCGCCCACUUUUCCCAGGUCCCGCGUGGGCAACUGAGAGAGAACGCUUCUGAAAAUCAGCUGACCAAUACGAAUGUCAACAAUGAAAGACGACAACAGGAGACUGGUGACCAGAGAGCGAAUAAUCCUACUCCAGCAUCUAAUGGACAGCCACAGCAAAGGCCUCGACAAGUGGUGGAGCAAGAGGAGGAGGAGGAGGAAGAGCUGACACUAAAAUAUGGGGCCAAGCAUGUGAUCAUGCUCUUCGUGCCUGUCACAUUAUGUAUGGUAGUUGUGGUUGCAACCAUCAAGUCUGUCAGUUUCUAUACGCGCAAGGAUGGGCAGCUAAUCUAUACUCCAUUUACAGAAGAUACAGAAACUGUUGGACAAAGAGCUCUGAAUUCUGUUCUCAAUGCUGCCAUCAUGAUUAGUGUCAUUGUUGUCAUGACUGUACUCCUGGUUGUGCUUUAUAAAUAUAGGUGCUAUAAGGUGAUCCAUGGUUGGCUCAUUGUUUCUUCUCUUUUUUUGCUUUUCUUUUUCUCAUUUAUUUACUUAGGGGAAGUUUUUAAGACCUAUAACGUUGCCAUGGAUUACGUUACUGUGGCACUCAUGAUUUGGAACUUUGGUGUGGUCGGAAUGAUCUGCGUUCACUGGAAAGGCCCCCUACGUCUUCAACAAGCCUACCUCAUUAUGAUAAGUGCUCUAAUGGCUUUGGUGUUUAUAAAGUAUCUUCCCGAAUGGACUGCUUGGCUCAUCUUGGCAGUAAUCUCAGUGUAUGAUUUGAUUGCAGUAUUGUCUCCCAGAGGGCCUCUUCGUAUGCUAGUAGAAACAGCUCAAGAAAGAAAUGAAACUUUGUUCCCAGCACUCAUUUACUCAUCAACAAUGAUAUGGCUAGUAAAUAUGGCUGAACAAGAUACUGAAGCCCAGAAGGGAGCAUCUAAAAAUGCCACUUACAGUCAGCAAGUUACAGUGAAUCAAAAUCAGAAUGCAGGUCCUGAGGCAGAUGAUGGAGGUUUCAACCCAGAAUGGGAGCAGCAACGAGACAACAGGAUUGGCCCAAUACAAUCCACCCGUGAAACACGAGCAGCGGUUCAGACACUUCCCACUAAUUCCCUAGCAAGCGAGGACCCAGAAGAGAGAGGAGUUAAGCUUGGCUUAGGAGAUUUCAUUUUCUACAGUGUUCUAGUUGGCAAAGCUUCAGCAACAGCCAGUGGAGACUGGAACACAACUUUAGCCUGUUUUGUAGCCAUUUUAAUUGGCCUGUGCCUUACCCUCUUGCUACUUGCCAUUUUUAAAAAGGCCUUACCAGCUCUUCCAAUUUCUAUCACGUUUGGGCUAGUUUUCUAUUUUGCCACAGAUAACUUGGUGCAGCCUUUUAUGGACGAAUUAGCUUUCCAUCAAUUUUAUAUCUAGCACCUUUUCAGCUGCUGAUCACCUGUGGACAUUUUAUUGAAUUUAGCAAAUACAGGAGGGAGAAACUAUCUUCCCCUCAUUUCCUAAAACAGCUGCUAUGCUGGGCAUUACUGGAUUCUUCUUUGUAAAAAUGGUCUCUUCACCAGUGGGUUUUCUGCCAUUUGACUGCAGUCAGUUACAUCUCUUUAAAAGAACAGUCUGUAGAAAAGAUGCCGAUGCUCUGAUCGGCAGAACCUCAGCCUGGGGUUCCACUUUGCGCCAAUCAAGAAUGCUGAGGGUUCAUCCACUGUUAAGCGGUAUGAUGAUUAAUCAAGCUGAACUGCCUGAUAAGUGAGUGUGAUGCCAUAACAGGAACUAUCAGCACUUGUAGCCUGAGGCCACUCGGAGAAGAGCAAUUGGGAGGAAAGAAUAUUAUCUUGUUUAAAGGGAAAAAUCAAGCAAAUAACGUUUUGCACUUUGUGUUAGGUUUUUUUUUGUCUUUCCAAUUUUAAUUGUCAUACUUGCAGAACAGUCUAUAUGCUCCUUGCCAGAUCAACACAGAACACACACAUCGAUUCUUCUGCCAAAAAAAUUCUGGGAAUUUGGGGUACAGUAGACAUAUCCUGGGAUCCUUUGUGUAAAAACAAAAUCUCAUUUCUUAUUAAGCUAUGUAAUCUAUUUCUAGACAUCUCCCCUUCCCUAAAAUAUGUUGAAUAUUCAUUCAGCUUUCAAGAGAGUUUUAUAAUUUAUUCCAACAAAGAGGUAAGAAACUAAAAACUAUCAAACAGCAACAGAACAUUGCAAUGAAAUCUUGGGGCUUUUUUUAAAAAAACAAAAAACAAAACCUGACUUCAUCUUUUGUUCUGAAUUUUUUUUUUUUAUAAUUCCUUGGGACCAUUUUAUAAGAAAUGUAUAUAUAUAUGCAUGUGUAUUGCAAUAUAAAAUUAAAAAAAAAUGAUACCUACUAUUAACUGUCUCCCUCCCAGACUGCAAUAAAGCCAUCUUGUUCGAGUGAAAAAUACAUCUCAAUUGAACAUACAUAUGAAUUUGUCAAAUAAGUUCUAUAAUUAUUAGAACCUAGCUUAGCCUUCCUCAUAAAAACAUU